AGCCAGGGUUUAUUAGUUCGCUCGCUCCUCCCUCGCCACGCACGCCGCCUGAGUUCCAUCCGCCGCCGCCGCGGUGGGCACGCAGCACAAUGGCUAUGGUGCAGGCCGGCAUGGGCCUCGGCCGCAUCGUCCUCCUCAUCGGCGUCGGUGCUGUCGGCGGCCCCAUCGCUGUCCGCAGCGGCAAACUCGGCGAGCUCCUCCGCGAUCUUCAGGAGUCUCUUAGCGAGAAGGGGGCGGCCGCCGUCAACGACGACGUUAACACAGUGGUGGCUAAAGCACUUGCUCAAAUGACCAAGGAAAUUAAUCACAUCGCGACAAGAAUCUCACAACCGAUGAUUCAUGUUGAUACAGGAAACGGAGUAGCUGCAUCAGCUUUGAUAGUACCUGCUGCUGCUGUUGGGACAGUCGGCUAUUGUUACAUGUGGUGGAAAGGAAUCUCCUUCUCUAGCUUAAUGUAUGUCACUAAACGUAAUAUGGCCAAUGCUGUUGAAAGCAUGACUAAGCAUCUGGAACAAGUGCAGAGCUCUCUUGCCGCUGCUAAAAAGCACUUAUCACAGCGCAUUCAGAACGUGGAUGAUAAAUUGGAGCAGCAGAAGGAGAUUUCAGUGCAAAUAAAAGAUCAGGUUAUUGAUGCAAAAUUGAAAUUCAAGAACAUUGGAUCAGACAUGGACAAACUAAAAAAUAUGGUUAUGGGCCUGGAUGAUAAGAUGGAUUCGAUUGAAGCAAAACAGAAUUAUUCAUGUGUGGCUGUGGAUUAUCUCUGCCAAUUCAUAGAAGAAAGGGUUGACAAGCUGCCGGAACAGCUGGAAGGAUUGCAACAAACAGUGAAGCGCAUCGGCUACAGGAGCCCAGAGUUGCCGCCGGGGCUGGGAGGGCUCCAGCAACUGCUGGCCACCGGAUCAGCGACCCAUAGCAGUACAAGAAUGCUUCGGUCAACAGGCGCUGCACGUCUGAUUCUGCCUUGACCGUGAGAGAGAUCAGGGCAAGCAAUGGAUGCAUUUACCCACGCCCUGUGAAAUUUUGUAUAGGGAAGCACCUUGGUUUAGGCAGUCUGGUAGAUUAUAUGUGACUGUAUUUAUGUUUCUAAUUUCAACGGUAUUAAAGAUAUGCAUCAAAGGUAUCAGAAUGGUUCUAUAAA